UACGAACUCUGCACUUCGCACAACAAGACGCCAAGCGACCAGCGACGACGACGCCAAAGGCGCUCGGCCAAAGCCACAGAGCCCGAGCAAAAACUACGUAAAUUUUCCACAGCCAUUUUCCCCAUUUUUCCCAGUCGAACAGCGGCAGCAAAAGCAUCGGACCAGCGGUCUGUGUGUGUGUGUGCCAGUGAGUGUGUGUUUUGUGUGUGCAAUAGUGAAUUGUUCUUGGACCGGCGAUCGAGUCGCCCAUCCCCCGCAAAACCCCGCAAAAAUGUGGAGCUGGGGCUGAAGCACACCGCCGAACCCAAAACAAACCAGCGACUCAGAAAAAGGCGCCAAAUUUAGAUUAACGCCAGCCGAGAUUACCUCCUCAUUACCCUGCAGGAAACCAUGAAAAUGUGGACCGAAUCCAAUGUGAAUUCCGCGAUGGGUCUUCAAGCAACAGCCGCUACCAAGCGGAAGCAUGAGCUGACCUUCGACAGCAAGGAUGCCAACACCACCUACACGGGCAACUGUGCCCCGCCCCCCGUCAAGGCCAACAAGUGGGCCAUCAGCAACAACAACUACCUGGAAUCGCUCGAGGAGCAACAGCAGCAGCAGCAGCAGCAGCAGCAGCAGCAACAGCAGCAACAGCAGCAACAGCAGCAACAGCAGCAACAAUCGACAACGGAGCCAGCUAUCGAGUCCAACAACAACCACAUUGUGUUGGAUGCAUCGAUGGAUGCGAUGAAGCCAACGGAGCCCAGUAUUAGCAAUGGUCAUGAAGUUACUACCCUGAAGAGUCAAGCGGAGGUGCCGCUGCCGCCGACGGCAAGUGCGGCGAUUCCGGAGGACAGCAUCGCGCGGCUGGAAGUGGUGGCCGCCUCUGCCGUGCCCUGUGAGCCCUGGACGGGCAAUGGGUCCACGACUCCAUCGGCGGUGGCCGGAACCGCCAACGGAUCCGCCAACGAACCCGUGGACUGCAUCUCCAAGCUGCAGGCCGUUGCCGUGCCCAGUGAUCCCUGGGGCAGCAUUGCCACCCGAUCCACGCUGGCCACCACUCUCCUCAGCGCCGAUGAGCUGGACGACGACGAUGAUGACUUCGAGGACGACUACGAGGAGGAGGAGAGCAUCAUCCCCACCUACUGUCCCAUGCGCUAUCAUCCCUUUGUGCCGCACCCGCACCCUCAUCCGCAUCAGCUGCCGCCCCAUCCCCACCAGCAGCAGCAGCAACAGCAGCAGCAGCAGCAGCAGCAGCUGUCCCAGCAGCAACCACAUCCCCAGCAGCAGCAGCAGCAGCAACAACUCGCCCAGCAACAGCAUCCGCAGCAGCAAAGGAGCUAUGCCCCGGGCUAUGGCAACAGGCAGCCCAACUACUACUCGGAGCCAUUCCCGCAGCAGAAUUGCUCGCGGACCGGAGGCCCACAGCACAUGACGCAGUCGCCGCCCACGCCGCAGCAGGCGCGUGGUUUUGCACCACCCCAGUGGGCGACGGCAGGCAGCAGUCCGGCCAAUCCCUCGUCGGUGGGAGUGGGAGUGGGAGUGGGUGUGGGAGUUGGCGCCCAGCAGUUCUACGAGGCGACCAACGGAGGAGCCUAUGCCCCGCCAGCGGCACCCCAGCAGACGAUACGUUGUGCGGAGAACGGCAAGUCCUAUAUGGAUCUGGGCUGCAGCAGUGGGGCAUCCGGUGGGGCCGGAGCUUCGCCCAUCAGUCCGCCGCCCUCGUCGGCGCCCGUCGUUCCGUUCGCCGGCCUGCCCCUGCAUGGCAUGCCCCUCAAGCGCUGCUGCGAUGGCCGUGCCGGUGGCUGGUGCAGUGCCAACAGGAGCUGCUACAAGGACACGCGGCUGAAGAUACGCAAUCUGUCCAUGUUCAAGCUCUCCCGCUUCCGGCAGGUGUCCGAGCAGUCGCUGUACCGCUCCGUGCUCAUCUGCAACACUUUGAAGCGGAUCGAUCGCGAGAUCGAGGCGGAGGCCAAGGAGUUGCACCAGGCGGCGCAGCAGCAUCACCAGCAGGCGGCGGCAGCAGCAGCUGCAGCAGCAGCGGCAGCAGCACAAGCGGCGCAAUACCACCCAGCCUACCAGCAGCAGCAACAGCAACAGCAGCAGCAGCAGCAAUCCCCGCCAGCGCCACUGCAUCCACAUCCCCAGCAGCAGCAGCAGCAACAGCAGCAGCAGCAGAUGGACUAUGCGCCCGUUUUGAACUGUGCCCGUUUGGCCAACAUGGACCACUACCAGCAACUGAGUUUCCAGCCCCAGCAGCAACAGCAACAGCAACAGCCACCCAGCCAAACGCAUGGCUACCAUGAGCGUUUGGAGAGCCAGCCCGCCUAUAGGGGCGUGGCAGCGGCAGCGGGAGCGGGCGGCUUCAGCACGCAGCCCAGCAACUGUGAUACAUCGGCGGGGGCAAGCAGCAAUGCCAGCGGCAACAGCAACAACUCCCCAGCGACAACAGCGACGGCAACGAACGGCAGCAGUAGUUUGCAUCCCUACGAUCACUAUCCCUUUCGGGAGCUGCAGUCGGGUCGAGCCACGCCCUUUCCCGCCUGCCCCACCACCACAGCAGCAGCGGCAGCAGCUUCGGCGGCAGCAGCAGCAGCAGCAAGCGGAGGAGUAGCAGCAGCAGCCAGCCUGAGCAAUAACAGCAACAUCAGCAGCAGUUCCCCCGCCAUCAGCAGCAGCAGCAGCAGUAAUAAUACCAAUUCCUCCUCGCCGGUGAUGAGCAGCAGCAGCAGCAGCAGCAAUGGGAACUCGUCGAGUGCCAGCAGUGCCAGCACUCCAGUUGCCCCUGCCGCCAGCAGCAAUAACUGCGAUACCAGUGAUUCGGGCUAUGCGGACGACGACUCCACGCGAUCCAUCAACUGGAGCUCGGUGCUCAGCCUGAGUUCACAAUCGGCACUGGAUCCGCUGAACAACAGCGAUCUGUUUAGCAUACUGCCGGCGGCGGCCACGCCCACAGCGGUGCCGGUUUCAGUGCCGACAGCAGCCAGCAGUUCCAGCUCAUCCACGGGAUCGACCCUGGCCUUCAGCGGCAGCUUUACCACCGUGCAGGCGAACAGCAGCGGCAGCAGCAGCAGUAGCAGCAGCAGCAGCAGCAGCAGCUCCACCACCGCCACCUUCACCACCCUGUCCACCAUCUCGUCGGCCACCCACUCGCUGACCUCGUCGUAUGUGAGCAGCAUCAGCUCGAAUGUGUCGGCGGGCGCCAACACCUGGGAGUACGGAUUCCUGGACAUGGAGUUCGGCCUGGGGUCGGAGUUCACCGAGCUGGUGCCCAGCUGCAAGCUCAGCUCCGAGGAUCUGUUCAAGAGCGGCCUGGGCGGCCAGGUGGUGGCCGCCUCCCGCCUGCACGACAACGAGCUGGAGCAGCCGGCCCACAUCAUGGUCGGCAGUUAGUAUCAGUUGUAGACGACGGAUCCUCAGCGGAGGGCGGCGUGCUGGUCGCGUCGCCUGCUGGCGCCCACUAGCAAUUCCAAGCAGUAUUGAGUCGACGAAACGAGGGAGGGAAACGGGGGAUCUUAAAUGCUAAUUAUGCUCAGGUUGUGAACGUGCAUGAAUGUAUAAACAUACAUACAUAUAUCCCUAAUCCUUGGUCCUAUUCCCCCACACAAGCAAUCGAGGACACACAAAUUAGUUGCAAUCGAUAAGGAAAUCCGUAACUUAGUGAGAGAUCGAAGAAAAGGCAGAACAAUGAUUAUGACAAAUGAGCAAGCAAAACUAUUAGAAAAUUUUUGUAAGUGUAAAUAUUGUUAGUCGUAAGGCAGAGCAGCGAACUCCUAGCCAAGUAAGUUUGAAACGGAAGCAAAACAAAAAUUCUAUAUUAGCGUAACUUUAGCUUUGUUAGUUGCAAUUUGUUAGUUGCAGUUUUUCGAUUCCACACCACACAACAACAGCGUCAAAAGAAACGAACAACAAACAACAUCAGUUUGGACAUUUUUCAAAACAACCAAAACCAGAUCAAUUAACAAAAUUUACGUUUUGGCCUAAAGACGAUGCAGCAUUUGGCGGCACAACAAAAUUGAUGAAAAAUCGAAAAACGUUUACUAUAUUACUAGCCAUAAGUAUUAUUAUUUAUAUACAAAAACCGCAAAACAACAAACAAACAAAAGAACAACUUAAAACAAAGUUUUAUUAAAGAAAAAACAAUGAAAGAAAAAACCAACAAAAAGAACAAAAAAAAAAAUUAAAAAUGCAAGCAAAUAUAAAG